AUGUUGAAUACUUCUGGACUUCACAGCAACAGUUCCCAGGUGUCCGUUACUAACAGCAAAAAUGAGUUUAUUAAUCUGAUCCUGGCAUUACUGAUAAUUAUCUGCUUCUUCUGCCUCUUCUACUUCAUGGCUGUGAUGCUCAAUGUCUUCCUCACAACGUCUUCUAUCCGAGAGACCUCCCGAUAUAUCCUCUUUCUCCACAUGCUCAUCAAUGACACCUGUUAUAUUGCCUUUGCAACCGUUCUUCUACUGGCUGCAAACUAUCGCUUAUUGAUCCCUGGUCCAACCUGCUAUUUGUUGUUCAUUGUGGGCUCCGCCACGUUUAAAGCAACUGCAUACAACUUGGCUACCAUGGCUUUAGAACGCUAUGUGGCCAUUUGCCACCCACUACGGCAUGGCGGACUCUGCACCACGAAAGGAACUCAUGUCGCCAUUGCACUCAUGUGGGUGGUGGGCUCCAUCCCCUACGUUGCCGAAAUUAUUCUCAUACUCUCCUCGCACAACGUAAUUUCUUUUGUUCCUAUUAUUUGUUCUCAGGCAACUGUGAUUGUGAAUCCUGCUCAAAAUAUUAUAAGAUCCCAAAGCCUCAUGAUAGGAUUCACCACUGUGGGACUUAUCAUCCUAUUUACGUAUGUCCGUAUUAUACUGGUUGCCCAGAAAAUAAGCUCACAGUCCCCUACCGCUUUGAAAGCUGGUAAAACGGUAUUGCUUCAUGCGUUCCAGUUAUGUCUCUGUUUGGCCUCCCUGCUGUCCACACUGACAGAAACCUACCCGUAUAACUACAGUCAUUUCAUACCAACCAUCAAUUUCCUUAUUUACAGUUGUAUACCCAGGUUCCUUAGUCCUUUAAUCUAUGGACUUCGAGAUGAAGUGUUGAGGAAAUAUAUAAGGCAAGGGGUCCUGAGGACCUUCAUAUGGAGAACUGGCCAUGUUUCCAAGUGA